AGAUGUGCAUUUCAGAUAGAGGUAACAAGGAAGACGUUUUUUAAUCUCUUUUAUUCAAACAGUUUAUGAAGCAGCAAAGGUGUUUUAUUCGUUUAUAACAUGUGAUGAACAUACUAAUCAUUACAUAAGUGUAAACAAUGUCGGAUUUUGAGUCUAUGACGGAAUUAAUAACACAAGACUAUCUGAGUUACAAACUUCAAGAGUUAGGCUUCGACUUUGAAAGUUUUUCAAAAUGGCCGACGGUAUAUUGUCAAAGGUGCAAAUCGAAACUAGAGACGGAGGUGAUUACGCAUUGCGAUAAUUGCGACGACACCAAAAUGUUCUCAGUGCCUGAAAAUAAAGCUCCAUGUCAGCGAGAGUUAAAGUUCACGAGAAAAGUGUGUGAUUUAUAUCUAAACGAUUUUGAAAAGCGAUUUGACAUAGAUACUGCGAACAUCAAACCAAAUAAAGCAACAGUUCAGAUUACAUUUUUGGAAGAAGCCGAUAACUUAUUUGAAAAGGAAACUGACUGGAUGGGAAUCGUGGGUUUGUUGAUCCUCAGUGGAGUAUUGGCAACAAGGUGUGCAGAAAAAGGCUAUAUUUCUGAAGUGAAAAGUAUUCAAUGCAUAACAAGCUGGUACAUCAACGAAAAACUAGAGACAUGGAUGAAAGAACAUGGCGGAUGGGGAAGCUUCUCCAUAUGGACAGAUUUUAUUAUUGAGCUCAAACAAUUUAAGGAACGCUACUCCAAAAGGAUGGACACCAGCGAGGCGCAACGUAGAUUAAACAUUUUAUUAGAUAGCAUCAUGAAGGUAUUCAUCUUCAAAUACAAGAAGGGAUUCUAUUCCAAAAGGUUGGACACCAUCGAGGCGCAACGUAGAUUUAACAUGGUACUUAAUAGCAUCCGUCCAGGAUAGUGCUCCCUGCUCACGACGACGCCAAUACUUUCCAUAGUAUAUCUCCAAUUUGACACUGGAAUUCAGACGUUGUGUUUAUAAUGUCCUAGCGGAAAUUGCUGCGGUUUAAAUAAACAAGGAAAAAGGUCGUAGCAUGGAUGCGAGGAAUAUUUUGCCAUGUGAUGAUGAAUAUAAUUAAAUAGAUUAUAUCUCACAGUGCUAAACAUAACACAUUAAAGAAUUUGUAAUUUAUAUUUUGUUAGGUCUCAAAUUAUUUAACUUCAAACAUUUUUCUAUUUUAUUAUUGUUUUAUGUAUACGUAAGCCUUGUAUUGCAAAUAUUACUUGUAAUUGCGUUCUUUUACUCUGCGUGACGAAGUUCACAUUUAUUUGAUGUUUUGUUGGUAUGCAUUAUAUAUCUUUUGUAUGCUAGUGCCAUGUGAGGCCCCAGAUUUGUCUGUCCUAACAGUUCUUAAACGUCACAAGCUUUAGUAGCAUAUAUCGUCAAGACAAAUGUCUUGCUUCAUCCUGAUUAUUACGAAAUGAAAAUAAGUUACUUAAAUAUCAUGAAGAUAAUUUUCUUAAACUCUUAAGAAUGUUAUUAAUGCAUAUUUACUCCAAAACAAAAAUAAUGAGCUUAGCUUUUUACUGGUGUAAAGGUUUCGAGAUUUUGGGACAAUGUGUUUGUGUUAUUGUACAGGACGUAAUUAAUCAGAACUAGUUCACUUUCGUUGUGCUGUAGUUUGUUCAAAAUAUGGUGUGCCGUUUCAUACAAUAUUUUCGUUUUUGUUUGUUUGUUGUUCUUGAAUGUUUUUUUUUCUAUGUACAUUGUAUAUUUUAUGUGGUAUAUAUAUGUAUCUGAUCAUUGUUUACCACUCGGAGAGUAUAUUUGUAAAUUAUUACGUGUUCAGCUGGUCCAUGUAUAAUCGCUUUCAUCAGGCAUAUUCUUAAGUUAUAAAACGACACAUUCUUUCUGCAGAUGCCUUAAAGGUUACAUGCCGCCUUCAUGUAUUAACAUUUGCUGUGUAAGUACGAAUGUUAAUAGGGGUCAUCAUGGGGCCUUGAGAACGAACCGUCUCCAGUCUGCGUUAAGAGCCAAGAUUAAAAAAAACUGCAACUCUCUCACUUUUUAUUCGCAUAGCAAUGGUGGUGAAAACAGUUGAAUAUAUUACCGCAACGACGUUUUUCACAUUCUAAGGAUACUAUAUACAUAUAAUAUUAUUUAAAUGACGUUUAGUCCCUUAAUUGUUUUGCUUUUCUGAGCACUGUACUCAGACCUGAGACUGUUUGUAAUCAUGGCCACAAUGUGCUUAAUUGCAGGAAUUAUUGUAGAAUCGUGUAAAAUGAAUUAAAAAACAUCAUUAAGUACAUCAUUUUCGUAAAUAAGUGAAUUUCAGUGAUCAAAGUGAUCCUUUUUUAAUUUAUUCGCAAACACUCAAUUAUGAUUGUAGACUGGCUAUUUAAAAAAGAGUCUAAACUCAUCAAUAUAUUGAUCAAACUAUAAAUAUAACUAUUUUUUACGUGUGAAUGAAUUAAAGUAGAAUAUAUUGGAAAAUAUUAAGGGGUGUAUGACCUGCAGUUUACAUUUGUAACGUUUUUUUUAUUUAACUUCGUCAAUGUAUUAUUGUAUAUGGUUGUUGGGUACUCCUUACCGUCAUAGUUGUAAAUAAAUUAAUUAACACUU